GUUGGGGGCGGAGAAGCCGAGACUGGCUGGGAAAUGAUGGCUGAUGAAGACGAGGAAGUCAAGCAGAUCUUGCAGAAAUUGCAGGAACUGGUGGAUCAGCUCUAUUCGUUUCGAGAGUGCUAUUUCGAGACACAUGGUGUGGAGGAUGCUGGAAGGAAGCAACAGGAUGUGCGGGAAGAGAUGGAGAAGACCCUGCAGCAGAUGGAGGAAGUAGUGGGUUCUGCCCAGGGCAAGGCCCAGGUUCUGAUGCUGACUGGGAAGGCACUGAAUGUGACUCCUGACUAUAGCCCUAAGGCUGAGGAACUUCUGUCCAAGGCUGUGAAGCUGGAGCCCAAGCUGGUGGAAGCCUGGAACCAGCUGGGUGAGGUGUACUGGAAAAAAGGGGAUAUUGCGUCUGCCCACACCUGCUUCUCUGGAGCCCUCACCCAUUGCAAGAACAAAGUCUCCCUUCAAAACCUGUCCAUGGUGCUUCGCCAGCUGCGGACUGACACUGGAGAUGAACAUUCUCGUCAUGUAAUGGACAGUGUCCGACAGGCUAAGUUGGCCGUGCAGAUGGAUGUCCAUGAUGGCCGUUCCUGGUAUAUUCUGGGGAAUGCAUAUCUUUCUCUUUACUUCAAUACUGGCCAGAACCCUAAGAUCUCCCAGCAAGCCCUCAGUGCCUAUGCCCAAGCAGAGAAAGUUGACAGGAUGGCUUGCAGCAAUCCUGAUCUUCAUCUGAACAGGGCAACGUUACAUAAAUACGAAGAGAAUUAUGGGGAGGCCCUGGAGGGCUUCUCUCGGGCUGCAGCACUGGACCCUGCAUGGCCAGAGCCCCGGCAACGAGAGCAACAACUUCUGGAAUUCCUGAAUAGAUUAACCAGUCUCCUUGAGAGCAAGGGAAAGGUGAAGACCAAAAAGUUGCAGAGCAUGCUGGGAAGCUUGCGCCCGGCCCAUCUAGGCCCUUGUGGUGAUGGGCGCUACCAGUCAGCCUCCGGGCAGAAGUUGACCCUGGAGCUCAAGCCCCUGAGUGCACUACAACCCGGUGUGAACAGUGGUGCUGUGGUCCUAGGAAAGGUGGUAUUCAGCCUCACCACAGAGGAGAAAGUCCCCUUUACAUUUGGCCUGGUAGAUUCAGAUGGACCUUGCUGUGCAGUGAUGGUGUAUAAUAUGGUACAGAGUUGGGGAGUGCUCAUUGGGGACUCCGUAGCCAUUCCUGAGCCCAGUCUUCGGCUUCACCGAAUUCAGCACAAAGGAAAAGACUAUUCCUUUUGCAGUAUUCGUGUGGAGACACCCCUCCUGCUGGUGGUGAAUGGGAAGCCCCAGGGCUCCAGCAGUCAGGCCGCUGCCACAGUGGCAUCACGGCCACAGUGCGAAUGACCGUCCUUGACUUGCAUGCUGAAGCAGGAGCGGAGGCGAGAGGAUAAGCUCAAGACCGUCAGCAGCUGGGCCAGCUCCACCCAGUGACUCAGCCAGGAAGGGGGGAUGUUGUAGAUGAUGACUUUCCCUUCCCCUGUCCUGUAGGACACUUUGUGUCUCGUCUUUCUCUCCUGUUCACAUGUUCAGGUUCUCUGUGGCCACACACUUCCCUGGUGUAAUCUCUCCUGCCUCUUUCAUCGCUCUUCUGUGUUUUAGGCAAAGAGCAUGGAAUUGGUAGAAGUGUUGGCAUCUUGCCGUGGGACAGAGUCCCCACGGUUUUCGUUCUUGCCUCCUUCCUGAGCCUCGUGUAUAUAUCAUUGCAGUAUUUAUUGCUAAGGGAGGGGGCUUGAUUUUUUAAUGGCUUGUUUUUUUUGCAACUUUUAUUUUAUUUUUAAACAUUAGGUCCUUCCCCUUCUUUGGGGCUGGAACAGAAUUAAAUUUGUUUGGAGAAAAAA